AUGAAUAUAGAUCAUCUACAAUUUAUUAGUGAAGAAAGAAUAUUUAUGAAUGAACCAGUAUUAUUUAGUAUUAAAAUACCAGGUAUUCUACAAACAAUCAAUGGAAAGAAUAUUGAAAAGAAAGAUAUUAAUAAAUUUAUUAUUCCAUCUUCAAUUACUAAAUUAGGAUAUCGUUGUUUUAAUGGAUGUAUAUCAUUAACAUCAAUUAAUAUUCCAUCAUCAAUUAAUGAAAUAGAAGAUGAAUGUUUUGAUGAAUGUUCAUCAUUAAUAUCAAUAAAUAUCCCAUCAUCAAUUACUAAACUAGGAGACUGGUGUUUUAAUGCUUGUUCAUCAUUAACAUCUAUUAAUAUACCUUCAUCAAUUAAAUCAUUUGGAGAUGGGUGUUUUUAUAAAUGUGGAUGUGAAGAUGAAUUAAAGAAAAAUGAAAGAAUACCAUGA